ACCAUAGCUGCCUCGUCCUACCUCCCUCUCUAAAGUGUAGAGCUCCUCCAUCUCUCACAGGGAACGGAGACUAAUGCAAGUGCUGAGAAAAAUAAAAUAACUAAGUUCACACUGCAGGUUUUUUCCGAGCAGAGGCGUAAUUCUUCUCCGAUGCAAAAAAUAAAUAAAAAUGUGAAAAGCCCAGCGCUGCCAUAAACCUCGGCAGAGAAACCCCCCCCCCCCAAACCACCACCACCACCACCACCACCACCACCCCUCUCUUCUGGUUUCACAUCAUUGGGUUUCAUUGUGGAGGAGGACGGUAAAACACAUCAGCUGCAUGAGAUGGAGAGGAGUCGAGGACUUCAACAUGAACGGCGGAUGUGAUCCGAAUAACGGCUGGACCAGAUCCCAUAGGCUUUAUCUCCCAGAUUCUCCAGCUGUUGACCCUUGUGUUCGACUCUUCUGUUGUACCCGCCUGGGCUCCUGUUUGUCCCUGCCUGCCUGGCUGUGCUGAGUGAUGAAGAUCCCUCUGUGGAACCUGGUGGUGCUGCUGGCAUGUCUCUUCACCCCUGGACGCAGUGACUGCCAGGGGGACUGUGUGGCCUGUAGCUUGGUCUUUCAGCAGCAGCAGCAGAUGCAGCAAGCCUUCAACACUAUGGUGUGUUUGUUGGAGUGCGAGGGUCACGUCUCCUCUUCGCUCACAUGGGAGGUGUGUAGACGUGCCGUCAAGCUAUCGCACUAUCCCGCGCUGUCGGAGCGAGACGCUCUGUUCAAGAGAGCGGGACAGGAGCUGGAGCUCACCUCUCUGGAUCUGAACUCUGACAGUGAACUGCUGCAGUCGGCGGCCGUGGAGCCCUUCCAGGAGGGGGAGCGGGAUGAGGCGCCCUUUGAGCCGCGCAGUGCCCAGUAUGACUCAUCUCUGCCGGAAUCCGAGGAGGAGGAGGAGGGGGAGGGCCUGCGGGGUCUGGAUCUCAGCGUGGCGGACGCAGAGAGGAAGCCGAGGGACGAGAGGAACGCGGGGAGCGACAGCCAGCCGGAAGGGGACGAGGAUGACGCCUUAGGGGCCGUCACCUUAUCCAAACGCUUUGGUGGCUUUCAGAGGGGGCGCCACGCGUACAGGAAGCUGAUCGGCCCGGCCGUGAGGCCCCUACAAAAGCGCUACGGCGGCUUUAUAGGCGUCCGGAAAUCUGCCCGCAAAUGGAACAGUCAGAAGCGGGUGAACCAGCUGCUCAGGCAGUACCUGGGCAUGAGGAGCAGCCGCAGCGGCAGGUUCAACAACAUCCCUGUAACUCGCGUGUGGAGGCAAAACAAACUGUAACGCAUCUACGUCGCUCUCCCUGCUCCCAGUUACCUCAACCAGAUCAUGUUUUCGGCAUCUCACUCCGCAUUUGAAUCGUGUCAUCACCCGAAAAAGAACAGCCUCCGCCAAUCUCGCCGCGCCUCUUUUUGUGUCUCUAAGUAUCAAGGAAUGUUUUGACCGUGAUGUCCUUCUUAUUAAGCAUAUUUUCACACCAUUCUAUCAAAUAAAAGAAUUAGAGAAGUGCAAUUGGAUAUAUUUUUUUGUGUGUCGUUAUAAUAAUAAAAAAAAGGAGCUAAAUGAGAUUGGAAAACUGGUUCACUGCAAGUUUUUCACCAGAGGUGAGACCUGAGGGUGUGACAUUUAAAACUCAUGUUGAAUGCACUUUCAUGCAUGCGUGGAUGGCUUUUUUUUCGUUCUUUUUUUUUCCGUUGCACUCUGUAGUUUGUGUUACUAAUGUCAAGCUCUCACGUAAUGGACCCAUUCGUUACUGCAUAGGCUUCCCCUUUUAAAAAUGGCAUUUUGGGACAAAACAAAUCAUACACAAUUAUUAUUAUUAGAAUCAAGAAUCAAAUUGGAAGUGAACCAGCACUUUUCUUUCGAGAUGGUUCAGCCAGAUGGUAGGACAAUGAUGAAGCACAAAUUACUGUUAGCUACCGAUCUACGAAUCUCAUUUACUGCUCAAGGAACUUAAUUAAUUAAACACAAUGUGUGCAAAAUUGGUUUUCUGAACUUUCAAACUCACCGAAACUUUGCAUCCCUACGCAAAGAUAAGCCGUGUUCCCAUCGCUUAGUUCUGAGUUUAUAUUAUUCAGCGGGGGGUGGGGGGGUGUCUCAAUGUAAACCUUGCAAGUGAUGAGUUUCUCUCAAAGGAAUGAGCAGCAGGUUGGCACACUCCCCGAGGCUCCUUUCAGUGGAACUAUACUGUCCUCUAGUGUUUGAGGAACAAACUUGUUGCCCAUUGGAUACUGACUUGGGAUCAUCAUUCUGCAAUUACAGUCAAAUAAAAAAUUGACAUAAGAUGUCAAACAUACAAAUACACUUAAUUUAUGUCUGAUAUUUCAAUAUGUGAGUCAAACUGAAAGAUCAUGACAAUUCUUUAACAAAACCUGAGGAAACUAGUGUCUAUUUUUCCUCCUCCUCACAGUAUUAAUAGUGCCUGUAUGACAGCUCAUGGCUCAUCAUAUCAAAAAUGAAUUGCGUCGGGAGGGUAGCUGAAACUUUUUAGAAAAGCAGAGCCUCCUGAAGUGUUAUAAAUUAUUUAUUUUUUGGACCCUCCCAUUGAACAGCACCCUCCCUCCAAUAUCUCAAAAAAUAAUUUCACUGUUAAAAGCUAAAGGAAAGCAAAGUGUGAAAAAUUGUAGGACAAUUAAUUAUACCUUAAUUUAACCCAUAAUAUGUGACUCGAAGAACAAUGUUUAUUGCCAUAAAUGUGCACCUUAGAAGUGGAUUUAUAAAUUGCCAAUUUUUCGACAAAUUACACAAUGUGGAAUAUCACUGCCACUCAAUUUAAAACAAAAGAUCUUUCCGAAGAAAAAAUUUGCACAGCCAACAAUUCUUAGAUGCAAGUGUGUUAAAAUAUCACACCGGACUUGAAAAAGGUAGAUAUUAACAGUGGUGUAGUCUAAUGUAUUGUAGUGGGUAUACUGAACUGUAUAUUGGCCAGAAUCUGCCUUUGGGGAAGAGGGGGGCCAUUUCAUAGUGGGGGGUCUGGG